UUUGUUGCCUCUCUCGUUUUCACUUCUUUUUUGUGUGUAUUUGCCGACUUUUUUCACUGUGUAACUGCACAGAAUAUGGACAACAAUCGAAAAAUCAUAGUGUUGGCAUUGAUGAUGGUUGGAAUGGCGGCAGCCGUUGAGAUUCAGAAUUCUGGAUCGUUUGCUACUGGUACUGACUACCAGAAGGAAAAAGAACGACAGGGACAAGACCCGAACAACUAUAAGAAAACGUAUCAUAAAGAAAUUCCUGGAGGAUCGGAACAUGCAGAGGUUGUUGCUUCAAAUGAACCAGGUUCAAACUCGUGGAGUCAGACAUACAGCAAACACCAAUCGUUCGGUUCUUCAGACACUCAACAAUCUCAAAUGAUGUAUCAACCCGAUGGAUUCGAUGACUGGAUGAGAGAUCACGUUAGAAUCAUGAAUGAGAUGAUGAGAAUGCAGAAUGCACAAAUUCAGGCCCUCCAGCAGCUCAUUUCAUCGUCCUCGUACCCUAGAAGGACCGCGUCGUAUUCAGCUGUCAAACCCACAGAGAUUCACUACCACACCCCCAAAACGGUGGACGGGGAGGUGGUCGUCCCCCGCUCACUCAGAGAUUCCGGGAAGCGGCAUAACGACGACUAAAACACAAAAAGUGUCCUUUCAGUCUGGAUAAAUGGAACACCCUCCUUGUCUGCUUAUUUUGUUUUUAUUAUUCAAAUCGGCUUUUUUAUUUUUUCUUCUAUAAAUGAAGAUUACAUACAAAUUAUCUCUUCCUUGAUAUUAUCUUCCUGGUACACAUAAUCUUUCAAUGUACUCAUAAAUUGUUCAAAUAUU